UCAGGGGGCGGGCCUCGCCUAUAAAGGUCCCAGCGGUGCAGGAUGGCACUACUUCUGUUCCCUGCAGACCAGUGCCCACCGACACCGGGGAGGACAUGAGCGAGUCCUUGAUGCCCAACAAGGAAAAGGACAUGAGCGAGUCCGUGAUGGCCACAGACAAGGGAAAGGACGCGAGUGAGUCAGCACCGUGUGGCCGCAAGCUGUGGCUGGGGCUCCCGCUGCUCCUGGUGGCGGCGGGGCUGCUUGCGCCCCUGAUCUACUUCGCUGUCAGGGCCAACAGCGAGGCCUGCCUGGAUGGCCUCCGAGCACAGACGGAGUGUCAGGGGCUCAACCAACACCUGCAGCGCCAGCUACACCAGGCCCAGGAAGUCUUACACCAGAAGGAAGCCGAAGCUGCCACCUGCAACCAGACUGUGGUGACCCUGAGGGACUCUCUGAAGAAGGAGCAGGCACGAGUGGAGGAGCUUCAGGGAGAGUUGGCGACUUUGAACCAACAGCUGCAGGACGCCUGGGAGAGACUAAGAAGACAGAGUGAGACCUCCAGAAACAACGCGUCCAGCUGCUCGAGCUUCCUAUUCGUUGUGAUCGCGGUCUUGGUCGUCAGCGCUCUGCUAACAUGAGAUCCCAGAAAGCCGGCCGGCCACAAGCAGGACUGGGCCGACUCCAGCUCGGAUUCCCUGAUUGAGGCUUCCGGACCUGGCCAGUCCUGACACGACCACAUGGCAACAGAUUGUAAGGACAAUGAGGUAGCCUAAGGGGCCCAAGCCAGGGCAGUCCUGAAAGGAUGCAUUGAGUGGGAAAGUAACAGAGCUGGCCCAAGGCCGCCCACAGCUAGGGAUGGCACGCGAGUCAGGUUGCAGCACCUCCAUCUUGCUGACAACCUCUCUUAGAAAGUCACUUUCCUCUUGGGUCUUUGGACUCGAAAUGUAAACCUCUCUUUAGGGGGGAAAACUGGACUCUCAAGUGUUGCAACAUUACUGUGUGACCUCCCAAAGCAUCUGAGGCCUGCCCUGCAGACAAAGGUAGACAUCUAUUGACAUUCACAGCCAGCCUUUCCUGCUCUAGAAUGUUCCUCAAGAUCUCUGGGGUUCCAGCAGGCACCACCCACUGCAUCCCCAGCCCUCUUCUCUGCAGACAGCAUCUUAAGGACCCUCGUCAGUGCUCCCUACCUGCAGUUUUCUUCCCUCAUCUCCUGGCUUCUCUCAUCUCAUUCCCGUUUCAUCUUCUGAUGACAGUGGUUCCACGAGGAAACCGAGGCUGUGACAAGGGCCACUUGGUCCUGGCUCCCAACCCCUCCGGCAGGAAGGGCAGGGCUGGGACUCAAACGUGGGUGUGCAGACUCGGGACAGAUCUGUGUCUCCUUGUCCUGCCACCUCCGUCCCCCAAGCUCCUAUUCAUCCAGCAGUACCCAGCUCUGGGAGCCCCUCGCCCAAGGGUUUCUCUGCUUCUCAAAAUGAAGUCCUCCAGGAGUUCUCAGAUGACUUAGUGGUUCGGAUUCCAGGCUCCCGUGGCCUGGGUUCAAUCCCUGGUCUAGGAACUGGUAUCCCAUAAGCUGGGGGACAUGACCAAUAAAAAGGAAAGAAAGCUCUCCCUGAGUGUACCCCCUGCUCCUAAAAUAGUGGAUGAUGGUGGCCUUCGUUAACAGAGCCCCUUAUAAGCAUAUGUUCUCUACUUGACUGCAGAGAAUGUUCCAGAAUGCUUUAGUGGAAAGAAGCUUGUCAAAAAUGACAAAAAGCCAAAGUUGGAACAGUUUGAGUGACAAAAUUAAUAUCAUCACAUGUAAAAUAAAUAUCCAUGAGUUCACAGGAAUAUAAAUACAUGACUGGUUAAAGCAAUAAAUGAAAGAGAGGACAAAAAUCUCCCAGGCGGAGGAAUAUUAAAUAACAUACACAAAUAUCUCGCCCUCAAGAAGAUGACAUGUGGCUUCCCAUGGCAUUGGUGGGCUAUAAAUUGUCACCUCUUUGCAGAAGGCACAGGUGGAAGGGAGGAAGGAGGUCGCUUUAUGGUGGAGACACCCAACGGACACCACCUCAGCCAGGGGGCCAUGAUCAACAUCACAGGCUAAGGCCGGGGAUAGUACGUGCCAUGGACACAUGUGUGUGAUGAGAAAGGCAAUUUCCCUCUCCGGUCCUUCUCACCAAAGCCCAGUCCAACCAUGAGAAAAACACCAGACAAAUCCAAACCGAGGACCACCCUACAGAACACCUGACUCUAAACUCUCAAGGUCGUCAAGACCAAGGAACCCCGAGAAUCUGCCUGACCAAAGGGAGCCUAAAGAGGCAUCAGGACUAAGGGUCCCGUGAGGAUCCGGGGGCAGAGAGGGGACAUUAGGGGAAAACUGAGGAGAUCGGAAUAAUGCAUGGACUUCAGUUAAUACUGUUAUCAAUCAGUAUUGGUUCAUACAUUGCAACACAGGUACCUUAGAGAUGAAUGACCAAAGUAGGAGAAAUGGGGUGUGGGGUUGAUGGAAAGUUUCUGGACUAUUUUUGCUGAAUUGGUGCAAACCAAAUAAAAUGAGUCUUUAAAAAAUAACAAA